AUGUCCAUGCCAAAGAUACUCUGCACAGUUCGAGCACUACAUUCAUUCCAUUCGCCAGAGCAAUCCUCGCUGAGCUUUGACAAAGGCGAUUUCAUUGACGUGCUUUCACAACUCGAAUCGGGUUGGUGGGAUGGUUGGUGCAAAGGUUCACGUGGCUGGUUUCCAAGUAAUUAUGUUGAAAUGGUCAACAUCAAUCCUGAAGUAGCCGACCAAGUACUGCCGACUGCGAGGAAAUACAGUGGUCGAAGCAACAGUAGCGAUGUUCAACGACGCGUAUCAGACGCACUACCAAGGAAUUUCAGCGAAUCCAAUAGCCAACUAGCCAAUAUUGAAGAGAUGCCAGAUAAUGACAUUGGAGAUUAUUUGUAUGAUCCUGUUACUGGUAGCGUGCAAUAUCGACCACGUGAUGAAUCUACUGCCGAUCCACCGGAUGGCAUCAUUUUGCGUAACGGCUCAAUCGACGGUUCGGAUUCAGAAGAUAAUGCGCGAUUGAAAGAUUCACAACAACAAUCGCACAUAAAAGCUGAAAAUGACAAUGAGAACGAGGAGCAUAAUGCAGAAUAUAUCAUGUCUAAAUGGGUUGAGCGGGUUACUCCUCAAGGGCGGGUCUAUUUCUGUAAUCUGAUUACACAGGAGACAACAUGGAGCCGUGACGACAUUGACCCUUUCACAGGCCAUUUGAAAACAAUACCCAGUGAAGACUGCCAUUCUGAUGAAGACAAUGAUGAAGAAGCAGAAUCAAUACGAGAAAAGAGUUUCAGAAACGAGUCAUCUAUCAUUAUGGCAGGUAGCCAUUCUGUUUCAACUGCUACCACGGAUCGUGGUGAACCGCUCACAUGGCAAAGUUUAUCUGGUGAUGUCGCCCUUGCAAUUCAUCAAUUAAAUACAACAGCGCAACAGAAUCUUCGCGAAUUCUUUGUCGAACACACGUCGAUUGUUACAGAAACUAUCCGAGUGAUGUUAUAUGCAGCUGGCUUAAUGGAUAAGGAUUCACACCAUACACCCGACCCAGAAUUACGUCAACCUCAUCGCAAUCUGAUGGCUGCGCUUUCCAAGCUGGUACUAUCGGCAAGGAUCGCCUCUGAGCUUCCUCUUACACCACUCGCACCCAACAACGUGGCCAAUGAUACUGUGGUUAAACUCCAAAAGGAUGCGGGUGAUGUCCUAGCUGCGGUCCGGAAUUUCGUUACAGCAUGUCAACAGCGGCAUGUGCGAGUCGAGCAGAUUAUGCCUAGAAUGAUGACCGAUAAGAAGAGAAACCGUGCUGCUGAACAACAAUCAUCUGAAAAUGCAGAUGCAUCCAGUACCACUGGUGACAGGUUGUCUAUAACAGGUGAUGAGGACAGUACCAAGGGAGCAAUAGCAACAGCACAACAACAGCCAUCCACGACGAAAGGAUCGAAACAGCGUAGGCUCAAUCAAGAUUUACUUACGAAUCUACAAUCGCACGUCAACCAGAUAUAUGGAUCAAUAAGUGCUCUAGCUUCUGAUACGGCGCAGGCUGUGGAAUUGCAACACGAACAGAAUUUGGCAGGCAGCAAUAAUCGUGAUUCGUUACAGCACGAGCAUAUUCGCAUAAGCAUUGUGGAACAUUUUCGCACAAUAGCGGAACAGGUCAGCCAAUGUUUGGUGAUCCUAGAAGAUAUCAACUUUGAUGAUGUGGAUACGACACAAGUGCCGGCAAUGUUACGCUUUCGUGUGGCCAAACAAGGAUUGUAUGAUACUUUUGGACAUUUGUUUGGUGCUAUCCAAGCUCUGAGCAAUUUAAGUGUGUCAUUAUCUGGUGGAGUAUCUCGAAUCGAUGAUGCGGUGUUGCACAUGGAGGAUUCCCUCGAGCAGGUGCUACAUUGUGUACAGCAAAUGGUUGGUCAACGUCGACUAUGGCUUUCACGUCGUGGAACUUCAGAUACCAAGGACUCGCUCACCCUUGGCACUGAUACCUCGCAACCAACCACGCCAUUACCAGGUGAUCCUUCUGCUGACCCUGCAGAUGAUGAAAGCGAUACAUUGGAUGAUGCACACUCUGGUCUUUUGUCACCUACCCGUACUGCAAGACGACGACAGCCUGGAACUAUGCGCAUUACAUCGAAUUCAACUGCCAACGCUUGCGCCUCUCCUUCCUUCCGCCCACGCCAGUUGAGCACAAAAACAGAUAUCUCGAUUGAAUCCCUACCGUUCUUAGGCCAUGAUCAUCCAGCUGAUCAGGUCGUAUUUACAUCGGAUGGUGGUAUCAAAGGAGGUACUCUCUCAGCCCUUGUAGAACGCUUGACUCUACACGACACGCUUGAUACAUCAUUCAUUGCCAAUUUCUUGCUCACAUAUCGAUCUUUUUGUACGACCGAGGAGUUUGUUAAUCUACUUGAGAAGCGAUACACACUUGUCGCUCCUGAGGGGUUGACACCACAAGAGCUCGAGAUUUGGACCAAACAUAAACAAAAACUGAUCCGCUUACGUGUAUUCAAUGUGAUGAAGAAUUGGCUUGAAAGUUACUAUAUUGACGAGGACGAAUUUAUAUUGGAUCAACUCGAGUUCUUUACCACCACGGUGAUUCGAGACGCGUCUUCGUUCUCUGCGGAUCAACUUAUGGGAUUAAUUAAUAAGCGACGUGAAUUAGACGCCGAUGAUCAGCUCAAGAAAUUGGUGCCCAACAAUAUGGCAGGUCCACCACCUAUUGUUCCCAAAAACGUGACAUCAACGAGCAUUAGUCUACUCGACACUGACCCUUUGGAACUUGCAAGACAGCUGAGUCUUCUUGAUUUUAAGCUAUACAGCAGUAUUCGUCCUAUCGAGUGUCUGAACAAGGCGUGGUCUAGGGAUGAUACUGAUCUAGCCGUUCAUGUUAAGCAAUCCAUCGAUUAUUGUAAUCGUCUUACUGCUUGGGUCACCGGAUCUAUCCUUGAGCAUGAGGAAGCCAAACGUCGAGUUGUUGUUAUCAAGCAUUGGGCCCAAGUUGCAGAUCGCUGCCGCAUGCUCAACAAUUAUAACACUUGUAUGGCCAUAUUUUCGGCGUUCGAUAACAGUGCAGUUGGGCGUUUACGCCGCACAUGGGAGCUUGUUGGCAAUCGCACAAGCCAAACUUUGAGCCAAAUCCGUAAACUGAUGGGUGCAAAUCGCAACUUUACAGAAUAUCGAGAGAUGAUUCACUCGGUCAAUCCACCAUGUAUACCUUUUCUGGGUAUUUAUUUACAAGAUUUGACUUUCAUCGAGGACGGCAAUCCAGACUUUUUAGCCAAGUCCAAUAAUCUGAUUAACUUCGCCAAGCGUCAAAAAACGGCAGAGGUCAUCCGUGAAAUUAAGCAAUUCCAAUCUUCUCCUUACACCUUGCAAGAGGUUCCUCUCAUCCAGCAUUUUAUCAAGACGCAGCUUGAAACGACUCAUGAUGUUGAAACGCUGUACGAACGUAGUCUUGUGCUAGAACCUCGAACCACGGCUGCCGCUGCAGAGGCUGCACGCUUACUUGAAAUGAUCAACUAA